AUGACACCUGUUUCUAAGUCUGAUGCUCCUGUAUCACCAUCUCCAUCAACGUCCCUUAUAUAUAUCAUUCCUCCAUACCUUCUCAAUACAUGUAUGGGAUCCCAGUUGCAGAAACAGUUGGCCCAACACAACGAACAACUAAGCUUGCUUAACGUCAUUACCCCUGAUUCUCCAUACCAUCACAACAACAUCAAAAGAAAACACGAACCCAAACGAGAACAAACAAAUCAAUUCUCUCCUGACCCUUACUUGAAUGCUAUUAUCAAGGAAAAAGUGUUAUACAAGUUGGCGAUCUUGGGCAUCUUGGGCACCAAUCCCAUGGAAUUCAAUCGGUUGGCCGCCAACUCCGAUCGGAUAUUUGAACUCUAUGAAAUUUUUAAGAAUCGUUUAAUUGAAGAUGACGAGAAUGCGGAUCAUGAAAAGACUGAUAAACCCAACUUGGAUAGAGGAACGUUAUUUGAAGCAACUGCUGCGGGCGGCGAUAGUUCUGCUGUGAAUCAACCAUCCAUUUUCAAGACACAUAAUGUUGGCGAAGUUAACUUCAACACUUUGAGAGAGCCACAAGUUCACAAAGAGUACAAGAAGUAUAUGGAUAUGUCAUUGAGGGAAUUGAUUACGUUGAUGAAGCUAAAGUCUGAUCACAAGUUUAAAUUACCACCUAGUUUUGUUCAUUUUGGUAACAAUAAUGAAGAUUAUUUUAAAUAUCCUUUACCUAUAUCUUGGGCACCUUUAAUUCCUAACAAAUACUUGAAUUAUUUGUCAACUACUUUGAAUAUGGAAAUUGAUAAUUCUAAUGGGAAUUCUUAUAUUUGCUUGAGUACACCAAAGGAGGGUACAUCUAACCAAUUUGAAGAUUUGGAUUUGUCCAAGCCAAGAUACUUUAAUUUUAUCACUGAUAAGCCUAUCUGUUCAUCAAGUGGUAUUUUCUACUAUGAAAUUGAAAUUGUUCAAGAAAUUACUGAAGCUACUAAUUUCAAACCUAUAAUUUCCAUGAGUGAUGCUUCUGUGAAUUCUGAUUCUUCGCUUAAUUUAUGUGCCGGUUUUACCAAAAGGUAUUUUAACCUUGAUGAUACUUCUAGCACAGCCUCAUCAGUUACUCAGGGCACACCUCUUGAUUUAGAAAAGGUCAAGGAGCAUAUAUUCUUGAAUGAUUCGGAUGAUAUCACCAUGACCACAUCAACUGGAUCCAGCUCUGAAAUUAAAGAACUUUUAGGAUCGAAACCAGGUGAAUUUAAAGGAAGCUUUGCUGUUAAUUUUGAAGAUUCCAAUUUUUACAACUCAAUCAAAAAUUUAGAAUCACUUCAACGGAGUCAGCUUUUGAAUAUGAAUCGGAGAAUGAGUGCCAUGAAUCGGGGCACUAAUUUAAAUGAAUUAGAUUGUGGCAAGAUUGACUUAGGAAUCCCAUUCAAAACUAGAAUGAUUGAAGAGAAUUAUAUGAAACGAAUUCAUAAAACUGAUAUCAUUGGCUGUGGUGUCAAUUUCAUUAACAGAUCUAUCUUUAUUACUUUGAAUGGUGUGUUCACAAGAGUUAUCACUUAUGAUGAGUUAGUGUCAAGCAAUCCUUCGAAUGAUAACCUAUUCCUGGAAGGAAAAGAUAAUUCAAUUUACCCCAUGAUUGGUUUUAAACUCAAUGAUUUGGAAGUUGUUUCCGGAUCGCAACCUUCCAAAUUAAAGAUCAAGACAAAUUUCGGAUUCAAGGAAUUUAAAUUGAACAUGAACAAUUAUGUUAACAGUUUCAAACAGGAAAAUCAGAAAUUCCUUUACUUGUCGUUGUUGGAUAAGAUUCAAGCUAACAAAACCGUGGAUCCAGAUUCUUCAAGACCCUCCACUUCAAUUGAAAGAUCGUUAUUAAACAUUAAUGAAGAUUCACAAAUGUUGAAUAAGCUAAUUAAAGGAUAUUUGAACCAUGAAGGUUAUAUCAACACUUUCAAAGCAUUUGAUUCUGAUUUAAAAUCACUUUCCUUGGAGAUUGACCCCAAUUCCGAACAGCAAGAUUCUAAAGUAAGAGACGACGAUUUAUUAAUGAAAUCUCACACAGUUAACAGGAGUCUUAUUAAGAAGAAUAUCAUGAAUAAACAGUUUGACGAAGUUUUGAAAUUCCUUGAACAGGAAUAUCCAAGCAUAAUUGAUAGUGCUAGAGGGGCACAAAUGGUAUUUGAUAUUAAAUUAGCCAAGUUUAUUCAUAUUGUGAAAUUGCUUAUCGAAUGUAAGAAAUCAAGAUUUGAAAGCGAUAAAGUUGGACAAGAAUCUGAAGAGCUGGAGUUGUAUCAGCAAGCGAUCGUGUAUCGAGAAACAUUGGUUAAGGAGUAUAGGAGUGAAGAGAAAUUGGCCCAAGUUAACCAAAUUUCGUCAUUAUUACUUGUUGAGCUGACCCAGUCACUUUUGAACCUUCCUAAAGUUUGUCGUAUCCUUGACGAAUUUGACAAGCAAUUGGUUUCAUUGUGGGGUGAAAUUAACCGUGAGAUAUUGGUUCAUGGUGGAUUCAAAAAAGUUAGCAAUUUGGAAAACAUUUUUGAAAAUGUGGAUAAGAAUAUUAAUACGUUGAGUCUUAACUAUAAUGAUGACAAGUUUAUGUUGAUUAAUUUUGAGAAAGAUCAUAUGGAUUUAUAG